GGUUUGUAAAUUUCUCUAGCAAACAUGGACGAAGUAGAUCCUAGUUGCAAUCCUGUGCAACCUCUAAUAGAAGGCGGUCCUGGUAAAGAUCAAAGCAAUGCAGAAAAACAGAAAGAUGCAAGGGUGGACCUGCAGCCAGGUCAGGAGGAUUACAGCAAUUAUGACAUCGUGCGAGCUGUUCAGUUUGGUGUCAUGGCAAGAGUUUAUGAACUUGUGGAAGGUGGAAUGGAUGUUAAUGAGAUGGACCGAGAAAAUGUCAGCAUUCUUCACUGGGCAGCUAUUAACAACAGAAUAGAUAUUGUAAGAUAUUUAAUUGGAAAGGGUGCCAUUGUUGAUAAAUUUGGAGGUGAUCUAGAUUCCACUCCUUUGCAUUGGGCAACAAGACAAGGGCACUUAUCUAUGGUUGUUCUGCUUUUGGGAUUUGGGGCUGAUCCAACUCUUCGCGAUGGACAAGGAUUCAGCUGUAUUCAUUUAGCCAGUCAGUUUGGCCACACAGCCAUUGUGGCUUAUCUGAUCGCUAAGGGUUGUGAUGUGGAUAUGUUGGACAGAAGUGGAAUGACUCCUAUCAUGUACUCAGCCUACCGAGUGUUUGGCUAUGACCCAACUCGACUCCUGAUGACCAUGGGGGCUGGACUUAAUAAACAGGACAAAGUCAAUGGGAACACACCUCUUCACUUUGCCUGUCAGACAGGCAACACUUGUGUGGUGAAAAUGUUGUUUGAAAAGAAUGUUGAUCUGGAUAUUCUGAAUGCAAAGGGCCAGACUGCCUUGGACACAGCUGCAGAGCACAAAAAUGCCAACAUAGUGAAGAGAAUGAGACAGGAACGAGCAGACAGAGGGCUGGACCAACAAAACUUCUUCACUAAAUUCUCCAGGAACAAGGAUGUAAGGAGAAAAGUGAUGUGGUGGUUUCCGUUCUUUGCUGUGUAUGCCAUUGGAGUCAUUCCUGAACUCUCCGUGCCGUGGUACUACAAACUCAUCCUUGCCCUGCUGGGUGUGGGGUUCUGGAAGUUUCUUAAUGUGUUUUUCUUUGAUGAGAGGCUUAUGAAUGUCGUGCCUGUGUCAGUGUAUUUAAGCUCUAAAUUAAUGAUGUACUUCACCUGGUUCGUGUACCUGGUUCCGUAUGUAGAAAUGACGUGGACAAAGGCAGUACUGUUUUGGCUGAAUACAAUCUUACUGUGUUACAAUUUCUACAUGGCUUGGAACGUAGACCCAGGCUUUAUUAAAUCCAACAGAGAACAAAAGUUACAGACAAUCCUAGAUCUAGCUGAGAAACAGACAUUGACAUUAAAUCAGUUCUGCAGCACAUGUCUGAUUCAUCGGCCAAUCAGAUCAAAGCACUGCUCGGUCUGUGAUAAAUGUGUAGCCAAAUUUGAUCAUCAUUGUCCGUGGACAGACAACUGUAUUGGUGCCUACAACCACAAAUACUUCAUUGGUUACCUCAUGUUCUUGCUGCUGAUGCUGUCAUGGUGUGUUCAUGGAACUUUCGCUUACUGGAGAGUGAACUGCCCAUUUGACAUAUAUGAUGAUGGCAUCACAGGCAUUAUUUAUAAAGUCCUUAAAGCCUCUCCCUGGGUCUUCUGGGUCGGAGCCAAUGCUAUGGUUCACAUUGUGUGGGUGUCUGUCCUGUUGUCUUGUCAGCUGUAUCAAGUAGUGUGGCUGGGCAUGACAACCAAUGAAAGAAUGAAUCAUGGCAGAUACAAGUAUUUGUCAGGGAAUUUCUCUCAGAACCAUGGGCAUGGCCAUGGCCAUGGACAUAUUCACACCAAGGAAAAUGAUCAAUGUAAACACAAAACCAAAAAUCCAUUCAACCGGGGACCAAUCAGGAACCUUAUUGACAUUCUAGAUCUCCAGUUUUGUGGAUUAUUUCGUCCCAACAGAAUUGAUUGGAUGAAUCUGUACUCUCUUCCUGGUCAAACUCCACAUCCUCUAGGGAAAAUGAAUUUUGGUGUAUCAAGAGAAAAUUAUCAGUUUGUUUGAUACUAUGAAUGCAGUAGAUUUAUUAUGUUACUUAAACAAGUUCUUUUUCUCAUUUUAUAUUAGUUUAGAUUUUAAAAAAUUCUGCUGUUUUUUCUUUUUCUUUUUUCUUUUUGUAGAGAUUUAGAUAUAUCAGUACACAAGCAUGUUAGUAUAAGUUAAGGGGGGUAAUUUAUUUAUUUUCAUCCAUUGUAAUUGUAUCAUGAAUUCGAUUCAUGUUGUAUCAACAUAAUAAGACAUUCAGUAACACACAAAAUGCAUGCUGAGGUGUGGAUGUUCUCUUCUAUCAAAUUCAUAACAAUAUGAACCGAGAGAAAACCCUUCAAACCAAAAAUAAUUUCUAUGAUGCCAACAGUGUUGAUGAUGAUGCUUUAGUUCUGUAUUGAUAUAAAGAUGAUACAUUUACUUUGUGUAAACAAAGUAUGGGUAUAUGCGCUUCUAAGUUCAAGACUCUGUCCAAACUGAAGGAUGUUUUUGAAAUACCCUGUACAUGUUGUACACGAGAUGUUUUUGCUAUAAUCAUAUUCCUAUGUAAAUGUUACCACAUGUUUGCUGACGGAUCAAUGCCUCUGUUUGAAGGUCUAGUAGCUGGGAUGAUUUUACAUUUCUGCUGUACAUGUGGAUUACACAAAGCAUUUACUUCUGCCAAAUUGUUCUUUUGUUUUUCAUGUGUUGUGUGCACCUUCACUAAAUCUUAUUCAUGCUGAGAAAUAAUUCAUUGUCAGGUUCAUUCUCAAUACACAUAUACUGUAUACAGGAAUCUGUGCAGGAGAUUCAAAGGAUGUCUUGUAAUGGGCUUUAUUAUGCCCUUAUAUUUAAGAAACAUUCAAAGUGUUAUUGCAAGCAGCUUAUCUUGUUCGGUACAUGUAUUAUGCUUUGCAAAUUAUGAACAUGCAUGUACAUUGGGAAAUUCUUUGUAGUGGCAGUUGGAGAGACAAGACAAAUAAGCAUUUUUCGUGUGCAUUUAAAACAGACUUGAAAUUCUUGUAUACAUGCAGCAACAUCCUUAAACGCAUCCAUAAAUUGCAGUUGAAUUUGGAAUGGUCAUGUGAUCUGAGUUUCUGUGUGUUUAUGUUAAGUGCCUCUGAAACAAAAUGUAUGAAUUAGUUGUUUUAUAAAACAAAAUGUCUGAAUUACAUGUAGUUGUUUUAAAAAACAAAAUGUCUGAAUUAGUUGUUUUAAAAAAUGUGUAUUACAUGUAUAGGCAGGUGUUACCUACUCACACCAGUAUCAAUAGUACAUUGUACUUGCUCUGUUGUGAAUAUUGUCCACUCUAAAGGCUGUGUUGGUGGUUAGAUUUUUAACACUUGAUCUGUGUUCAUUCCAAUAUACAGGUACUUCAUGAAGAAUUUUGUAAAUACAUGUACUUUAAAUAUUUAUCAUUUCUGUCAAAACUAGUACUCAAUGACCUAUUUUUAGUAUGUGAAGUACAUGGUAAAAACAUAUGCCAAUUUUUGCCAGAGCAAGCGUGAACAAUUUUGCAUACUUUACAAAUACAAUGUACAGAAAUCCAAGUUGUAGUUGAAAGUCAUAGGAGAAUACAUAAUCAAAAUUAUAGUCGAUUAACUAUAAUUAUGUUAAUUAGCAAUGAAAAGCACUUAUAUUUUACAAAAUAUAAGCAAGAGAGAGAUAGUAAUUUGAAAAUGUAACAAAAGCAAACACAUAUUUACAUAUACAUGGUUUGCUUUUAAUCGGUUAAUGAAUGGUUAUGGAAAAUAUAUUUUGUGUUCUCCUUGUUCACCACAUUUUGUCACAACUUUAAUAUUCACAAAACAAGCUUUUUAUACUUUUAUAUUAUGUUACUGUUUCUUCUGUGAUAAAUUUAUAUCAUGAUGUAGGAUAUCCCUGAUUUUCAUUUUGAAUAAAUACUGAAGAAAAUAAA